AUGCAAGACGACAGCCUAGAAGCUUCUACUUCCAUAUCUCAGCUUCUGAGAGAAAGCUAUUUGGCUGAAACUAGGCAUCGGGGAAACAAUGAGAGGAGUCGAGCAGAGCCUUCCUCCAACCCUUUCCAUUUUGGGGGUUCUUCUGGCGCUGCUGAAGGUGGAGGAGGCCAAGAUGACCUUCCAGAUCUUUCAGCUUUUCUGAGCCAAGAAGAAUUAGAUGAAAGUGUCAAUCUGGCAAGACUGGCAAUCAAUUAUGACCCCCUGGAGAAAGCAGAUGAAGCUCAAGCUAGAAAACGUUUUUCUUCUGAUCAGACAAAACACUCAUCUAUAUCAAGUUUUGACCCUAACUUCUGCCAGGAUAACUCUCGAAGCCCUACCAACUCUAAAGAGAGCCUCCAGGAGGCAAAAAGGCCACAGUACAGUUCUGAAGCCCAGUCCAAAAAAGUAUUCUUAAAUAAGGCUGCCGAUUUCAUUGAAGAGCUCUCAUCCCUGUUCAAAGCCCAUAGCUCCAAAAGGAUUAGACCUCGUGCCUGCAAAAACCACAAGAGUAAACUGGAAUCACAAAACCAAGUUAUACAGGAAAACAGCUCCAGUUUCCCAGAUCUAUCAGAAAGAAGAGAAAGAUCUUCAGUUCCCAUACCUAUCCCUGCAGAUACCAGGGAUAAUGAAGUGAACCAUGCGCUGGAACAGCAGGAAGCUAAGAGGCGUGAAGCUGAGCAGGCUGCUGGUGAGGCGGCCAGUGGAGACAACACCCCAGGGUCCUCUCCUUCUUCUUUGUACUAUGAAGAACCUCUGGGGCAACCUCCCCGGUUCACACAAAAGUUACGGAGCAGAGAAGUUCCCGAAGGAACCAGAGUACAGUUGGAUUGCAUAGUGGUAGGAAUUCCACCGCCUCAAGUAAGGUGGUACUGUGAAGGCAAGGAGCUUGAAAAUUCCCCAGACAUUCACAUCAUCCAGGCAGGAAAUCUGCAUUCACUGACCAUUGCUGAAGCCUUUGAAGAGGACACUGGACGUUAUUCCUGCUUUGCUUCUAACAUCUAUGGGACAGAUUCAACUUCUGCUGAGAUUUACAUAGAAGGGGUUUCUUCUUCAGACUCAGAAGGGGACCCUAACAAGGACGAAAUGAAUCGAAUCCAGAAGCCAAAUGAAGUGUCGUCGCCUCCCACUACUUCUGAAGCCAUUCCUUCAGCAGUAUCCCAAACCCAGCCUGUGGUGGCCCAGCCCAGGGUAUCAACCAUCCAGCAGUGUCAGAGCCCUACAAACUAUCUGCAAGGAUUGGAUGGAAAACCUAUCAUUGCAGCUCCUGUGUUUACAAAGAUGUUACAAAAUUUAUCAGCCUCUGAGGGUCAGCUAGUUGUCUUUGAAUGCAGAGUAAAAGGAGCCCCAUCUCCUAAAGUUGAGUGGUACAGAGAAGGGACCUUGAUAGAAGAUUCUCCAGAUUUUAGAAUUUUACAGAAAAAACCUCGAUCCAUGGCAGAGCCAGAGGAGAUCUGUACUUUGGUCAUUGCCGAGGUAUUUGCAGAAGAUUCUGGGUGCUUCACGUGUACUGCAAGCAACAAAUAUGGCACAGUGUCAAGCAUUGCACAGCUGGAUGUGAGAGGAAAUGAAGACCUCAGAAACAAUGGGUCUCUUCACUCAGCCAACUCCACCACCAACCUGGCUCUUAUUGAGCAACAGCCAUCCCCACCCAACCCAGAGCCUCCUGUGGAACAACCCCCUAAACCCAAGCUGGAAGGGGUGCUGGUGAACCACAACGAGCCCCGGUCCAGCUCAAGGAUCGGGCUCCGUGUGCACUUCAACCUGCCUGAAGAUGACAAAGGAAGCGAAGAAUCCUCCGAGGGUGGCAUGGUGACCACCCACCAGACCAGGCCAGAUUCCUUCCAGGAGAGAUUCAAUGGUCAGUCAGCAAAAAUCUCUGAGCCUUCCUCACCCGUCAAAGAGCCCCCUCCAGUUCUGGCCAAACCCAAACUCGACUCCAGUCAGCUACAACAGCUUCACAACCAAGUUUUACUGGAACAACAGCAGUUGCAAAACCCAUCUCCUUCAUCUCCUAAGGAGCUUCCUUUCAACAUGAGUGUUUUGAACUCCACUGCUGUUCCGGCAGUGACAAUGUCCAGCAAGCAGGCGAAGGCCCCUCCAUCACAGACAUUCAGCUUGGCCCGGCCAAAGCACUUCUUCCCCUCUACAAGUACCACUGCGGCCUCCGUGUCCCCUUCCAGCUCUCCAGUGUUCACCCAGAGCAGCACUCCUCAAGCCAUGCAGAGGACAGUGAGCAAAGAAAGCCUCUUAGUUACUCACCCCUCGGCUCAAACCAAAUCUCUAGGAGGGGUCUCCAUCCAAAACGAGCCACUCCCCACUCCAGGUCCAACAGAGCCAGCACAACUGCCACUCACGUUUUCCAUCUCCAGCGGAAACCAGUUUCAGCCCCGUUGUGUGUCCCCAGCUCCUGUCUCUCCCACCAGCCGCAUUCAGAACCCAGUGGCUUUUCUCAGCUCCGUUCUGCCUUCUCUCCCUGCCAUCCCACCCACCAAUGCCAUGGGGCUGCCUAAAAGCGCACCAUCCAUGCCAUCCCAGGGACUAAUGAAGAAAAAUACAAAGUCUUCCCAACCAGUGAAUGAUGAUUACAUCCGUGAAACUAAGAAUGCGGUGAUUCUAGACUUGGGAAAAAAGAUGAAUUUCAGUGAUGUCAGAUCAAAUCAGCAGGAGUACAAAAUUUCAAGCUUUGAGCAGAGGCUGAUGAAUGAAAUAGAGUUUCGCUUGGAACGCACCCCUGUUGAUGAAUCAGACGAUGAAAUCCAACAUGAUGAGAUCCCCACGGGCAAGUGUAUAGCUCCCAUCUUUGACAAAAGACUCAAGCACUUCCGGGUCACCGAAGGCUCUCCAGUGACAUUCACCUGCAAAAUUGUUGGGAUACCUGUCCCAAAGGUUUACUGGUUCAAAGACGGGAAGCAGAUUUCAAAGAGAAAUGAGCACUUCAAAAUGAAGCGAGAAGGAGACGGGACAUGUUCUCUGCACAUUGACUCCACCACCAGUGACGACGACGGCAACUAUACCAUCAUGGCCGCCAACCCCCAGGGGAGAAUCAGUUGUUCUGGCCACUUGAUGGUACAAGGUUUGCCCAUCCGAAGUCGACUAACAGCUGCUGGUCAGUCUCACAGAGGAAGGUCCCGAGUGCAAGAAAGAGACAAAGAACCCCUACAGGAACGCUUUUUCCGACCACAUUUCCUGCAGGCUCCUGGGGACAUGGUGGCUCACGAGGGGCGCCUCUGUCGCCUGGACUGUAAGGUGAGUGGCUUACCGCCCCCGGAGCUGACGUGGCUGCUCAAUGGCCAGCCUGUCCUCCCCGACGCCUCCCACAAGAUGCUGGUCAGGGAGACCGGAGUCCACUCUCUGCUCAUUGACCCGCUCACUCAACGCGACGCGGGGACCUACACCUGCGUUGCUACCAACAAAACUGGGCAGAAUUCCUUUAGCUUGGAGCUCACUGUAGUAGCCAAAGAAGUAAAGAAAGCACCUGUAAUCCUGGAGAAACUGCAGAACAGUGGUGUUCCAGAAGGCCACCCCGUGAGACUGGAGUGCCGGGUGAUAGGCAUGCCUCCACCCGUGUUCUACUGGAAGAAAGACAAUGAGACCAUCCCUUUCACCAGAGAGAGGAUCAGCAUGCACCAGGACACAACUGGUUAUGUCUGCCUCCUCAUUCAGCCAGCCAAGAAAUCAGAUGCUGGAUGGUACACACUGUCAGCCAAGAAUGAAGCUGGCAUCGUGUCCUGCACUGCCAGGCUGGAUAUAUACGCUCAGUGGCAUCACCAGAUCCCACCACCCAUGACCGUCCGGCCCAGUGGCAGUCGCUAUGGAUCCCUCACCAGUAAAGGACUUGACAUUUUCUCUGCUUUCUCCUCCAUGGAAAGCACGAUGGUGUAUUCCUGCUCUUCUCGGAGUGUAGUGGAGAGUGACGAACUUUAA